AUGGCCAACGAGAAUGGCGCAACCGUCGAACUGAUCAAGCGCUGGCUCGAUGACUGUCGGGCAAGGCAACCAUCCUGUCAAGUGCCAUCAACGGCAACCCUCCCUGAUCGACUAAUCGACGUAGGAAUAUCCUCCGAGACCGUCUCACUACACGUCAGUGGGAGUGGUGAGGCGGGGUGUUACGUCGCGCUGAGCCACUGCAAGGGCGGCCAUACGCCUUUGGCAACGACAACGGCCAAUCUCGCCGAGCACCAGAGAUUUCUUCGCUUUGAUGACAACCCGAAGACCUUCGCGCAAGCGGUGCAGCUUACUCGCGAUCUUGGGUUUAAGUACUUAUGGAUCGAUUCCCUCUGCAUCGUCCAAGACGACCCUAAGGAUUGGGAGAUUGAGGCUGCGAAGAUGAAGGAUGUUUACAGCAACUCUGCUCUGACUCUCUCGGCGGACAGCGCCGAAGACACUUCUCAGGGAUUGUUUGGCACACCGGCAGCUAGGGUAGCUGCCAACAGAACCCGCGUCAUAACUACCGAGGAUCCUUCCGGCUUACCCGUCGAGAUAUGCCCGCAUUCGCCACUCGCGGCACCCUUCUAA